GGUGGGUGAUAGAAGCUGUUCUUGCGCUUUGCCAUCUCAAGGAAGCAUCCGAGAUCGUGGUCCACCUUCCGGCGCACAUUAAGCCCACUCAUUCCUUCUAGACGCAUCCCCUGCCCUGCCCAGUCGUAGCUGCUGAUCGUAGCAACACAAGCGACUGAGCCUAGCUACUGCUCGCGACUCUUUGCUCACCCUUGCGCUCCUUGCGAACGGUCUGAGAGGUCGCCACGGAGUGCUUCCACACGAGUCGAGCUUACGAUCCCUUCUUGUGAAGUGAGACAGUAGACAUCGACCAACGAUGGCCCCAGCCAACUCCGCGCAACAAGCUGGCGAAGCUGCUUCUCGAGCUGCCCAACGUGCAGGCGACAAUGCUCAGCGCGGCGCCAACUCUAUUUCUCGGUGGGUGGAAGAGAAUAGAGCGCUCGCGAUCACGUUGGGAGUGAGCACGCUCGCCGUGGGCGGCGCUGGAGUCUAUUACCUCCUUUCUGGGCCGCGAAGGCCGCCUGGAGGAGGCGAGGAGCAAGGUGGAAAGGGCGAAAAGGCCACUUCAGGCGCGGCGAAAAAGAAAAAGAAAAGCAAAGCAAAGAAGGCGUCGGCGGUGGACCGAGAGGACGGUCCACUGUUAGAUGAGGCCUCAGACGAGGAUUUGUUCGCAUUAUCCGUAGAGGAGAUCAAGCGAUUGCCGGAAGAGCGCCGAAAAGACCUUGCGCAGAAGCUAAAGGUCGCUGGAAACAAGGCCUACUCGCAGAGAGAGUUUGAGAGCGCUAUUGGACACUACACCAAGGCGAUUGCCGCGGCACCUCAAGCCGUGUUUUUCAGCAAUCGAGCUGCGUGCUAUUCCAAUCUCGGACGGCCAGCAGAUGUCAUUCCCGACUGCAAUGAGGCGCUCAAGCUCGACACCACAUACGUCAAGGCGCUCAACAGGAGGGCUCUCGCUCAAGAACAGCUUGGUGGAGCCGCAUCCGCAGAAGGCGAAGAGGGCGAGGCCGCUCGAGGCAUGCUGUUCAAGAGCCUGGUCGACUUCACAGCGGUCGGUAUUCUUGGGCGCUUCUCGGAUCAGAGCGCUGUCGACUCGGUGGAGCGAGUGCUCAAGACCAUCGCUUCUAGCAAAGCAAAGGAGAUUUUGAGAACGAGAGAACCAAAACUUCCCUCUCCCACUUUCGUCACUGCUUACCUUGAAGCAUUCCGACCAAAGCCUCGCCCAGCGCUACCUGCUGCCCCGAGCAGGGCUGACAACCAGCUGAUGCUGGCAUAUGACGCUAUCGACGCUCGCAACUACCCCCACGCUCUUUCGCUGCUCAACGAAUCGCUAAUCGAAGAUGACCCACAACACAAGCUCAGCACCGAAGAGCUGGAGGCCAUGGCUUUGAACAUGCGCGGAACAUUCAAAUUUGUCAUUGGUGAUGCGGCGGGAGCGCUCGAGGACCUCGAAAGGAGCACCUCUUUGAGACCUGAUCACGCGCAGACGUGGGUCAAGAAGGCCUCCGUGCACAUGGAGCUGUCGGACAAGGACGCAGCCUUCAACGACUUUGAGGUGGCAAUUCGUGCAGAUGCAAAGGAUCCGGACAUCUACUAUCAUCGUGGCCAAGUGCAUUUCAUCUUGGGCGAAUAUACAGAGGCAAUCAAGGACUAUCAAAAGUCCACUCAGCUGGACGACAAAUUCAUCUUCAGCCAAGUCCAGCACGCUGUUGCGUUGUACAAGAGCAACUCGACAGACGCGUCCAUGCGCGAGUUCAAUAAGUUGCUCAAAGUAUUCAACGGGUCUAGCGAGGCCCACAACUACUACGGAGAGCUGUUAUUGGAUCAGCAGAAGUUCGAGGCGGCAGUCGCGCAGUUCGAUAGGGCGAUUGCCAUUGAGCAGGACAAGGAGCGUAGCUCGAACGUGCUGCCCAUGAUCAACAAGGCGUUGGCGUUGUUCCAAUGGCAGCAGGAUAUGCCCACUGCUGAGCGUUUGUGCAGGCAAGCUUUGGAAAAGGAUCCUGAUUGCGACACCGCCAUUGCCACAUUGGCGCAAUUGAGCUUGCAGCAAGGCAAGAUCACAGAUGCGAUUGGCUUCUUUGAGAGGUCUGCCAAGAUUGCGAGGACUUACCAGGAGCUUGAAAAUGCGAUCACAUACGAGAACGCUUCGCGCGCACAAUUGCAAUUUAUAAAGGACUAUCCGGAGCAGGGUAAAGAACUGACGCAACUUGCUCAGCUUGUAUAGGCUUAAAGGAGCAACCAUGUGGCGGUAGCGCAUGUGAUAAUGGCACGGAACGAUGCAACGCAAUUCAUUCACCCCUUUUAGCGGAUUCUGCGAGCGAGCCUUUGAGUCGUUCUCCUGGGGAUGCUUGAGCACAAACUCUCGAUUCGUGAUCCUUGAGACUCUGUUGUGUCUCCGAGCUCUUCGUGUGUGGUACCCAACAUGCAAUUCGUGACACUACUACUGCUGAGAAC